CAGUGAUUUUGAGAAAAAUAACAUAAAUUCAAAUAAAUUAAGCAGAUAUCAUGGAUUUGGUUAUUACCCCAGAACCGCAUUACAUUCCUGGCUAUACUGGUCAUUGUCCACAAUUUCGUUUUCGUGCGGGUAAAACAUAUGGAAAAUUAACGCAUAAAUUACUUAUCGAUCCUUGUGUCAUACAUGCACCGGAAUUAAUUGUGACACCUUCGAAUCGUGCACCAAUAUCAUUGGUCUACCCCACUACACUAGAAACAGAGCUCCUGGAUAGACGUGAAAAAUAUGUGGAUCCCGUUUAUCGCAAUCCCAUAAUUCCCGGUUAUGAUGGUUUCGUACCAAAUCUGGCAUCGAAAGUUGGCAAGCGCUACAUUGCUGCGGCCACAGCUGGUAUGGCUGAACAUGAACUACUAAUGGAUCAGUUACGAUGCGAACGCAGAAACUUGAUGCAUCGAGAUCUUCUGGGUAGUGGAUUUGGAGUUUUUGAAAAUAAAAUGAACGAACGCAUGCUACCUUAUACACAUUAUCGUUCGCCAUUGAUGCCGGUGAAUGCGCGUUCGAAAGCCUUUAAAAAAUUGGACUGUAGUUUUAUGGAGAAGAAAGAGCCAUAUUCCAAAUCGACUGUACCACAUUUCAUGGAAAACGAUGAUGAGGAGAAAUAUAUUGUUAAUGGUUACGGUGGUCACAUACCAAUGGCGUUGACACGUUUUGGCGAAACUAGCAAACAAUUGACUAACAGUGCACUAUGUGAGUUCACCAAUAAUUACCAUCACCGAAGAAGUGCUGAGUGGUGUCCACAAGAAAAUGCCGGUAUUGGAAGUUCAUGUCCGAAUACUGGUCACUUUGUUAUCUAUCAUCGUACAAUUGGAAUGGUGCCCAAAUAUGCAGGUCACGUACCAGGUGAAACUUUCACAUUCGGGCGUACGUUUGGUGAUGCUACUGUAGAUGCAAAGCAUUGGCUGGCACUGCAUAAGGACUAAUCAAAUAACUACUUUAUAAUUCGUGCGUAUGAAAACAAUUAAACAAUUUCGUAAUUUCUGUAAAUAGUCCAUUUUGCGGUUUGUGAUAAUAUAAAUAU